UUCAUUCUAUUCUGUUACUACAUCAACUUUAAUAAUGAAUUAUGUAAGAAUUGAUAGGGUGAUCCCGUUCAUUUAUCAGAUUUUAUCAACUUAUGAAUACAUUUUAUCAUAGUGAGCAAUCUUUUAUAGACCAAUAAGCUAGGGAUUGAAAGUAAUUUUGAUAAAACAGACGCUUAAUAUUGGGAAAUGAUAAGACUGAUUUAAUGAACGGAACCCGUUGCUCAUGUUAAAAAAGAAUUUGGAUAUGAUAAAGAAGGCAAUUGGCAACAAGAUGAUAAUGAUGAAGUAAAUAGACAAGUACAUAGUAAAUGCCUUUAAUGAUGAAGACAUUGUUUAUGUAUAUAAAUUGCUAUUUUAGAGUAUCGAUUUAAUCAAAAAUACUUUUCAACAAACUUGAUCAACAAAAAUCCGAUCGCCAAAACGUACGAGGAACGCCAAUUAUCGAGUGUUUAUUAAUGAAAAAGCAGUUUUGGUAAGAUACCAAAAUAAAUUUCGAUUUAGUAUCUAUAUGAUUUUGUAGCUGCUAACAUGUCUGUGUCCGUAUUAAAUAUUUUCAUCGUGUGUGGUCUAUUUAUAAGUAUCAAUGAAGCUGCGAGGAUCUUAGCAGUUUUUCCAGUGCCAUCUAUCAGUCAUCAAGUAGUGUUCCGACCUCUUACUCAAGAACUUGCCAGACGAGGACAUGAAGUCACGGUCAUCACACCAGAUCCUGUCUUCACAAAUGGUGGAGGACCUCCCAACCUUACUGAAAUAGACGUCCACGAUGUCUCCUAUAACAUCUGGAAGGAAAGUUUCAUAAAAGCAGCAUCUAAAGGAGUCAAAGACGAUUCCUAUUCGCAAAUGGAAAUCAUUAUGAGCACAUUCUCUAUUGUGUUCGAUGCUCAAAUCAAGACUGGCGUAGUCCAAAAUUUGAUCAAAGAUAAGAGUAAACAAUUUGAUCUUCUGCUAUUGGAAGCUUGUGUGAGACCAGCGUUGGUAUUCUCUCAUAUUUAUAAAAACGUACCUGUGAUCCUCGUAAGUUCACUAGGAGCGGCCCCAGGAAACUAUGAAGUGAUUGGAGCUUCAGAACAUCCUAUUCUUUAUCCAAACCUUUUCAGAAAAAAGCUUUACAAUCUCAGUUUAUGGGAGAAAAUUGGAGAACUGUAUGAACAUUACCGGAUCGUGAAAUUCUUUGAGAGUAAUACCAUUUUAGAGAAUCAAGUCCUAAGAGACAAUUUUGGUCCUGAGAUACCAUCUGUUCAUGAAUUGGGCAACAAUGUUGACAUGUUAUUCCUGAAUAUAAAUCCAAUUUUUGAGGGAAUCAGACCUGUUCCUCCAUCAGUGGUUUAUAUGGGUGGCUUGCAUCAGAAACCUGCAAAGGAAUUACCAACAGACCUGAAGACCUACUUAGACUCUUCAAAGAACGGCGUUAUUUACAUCAGCUUUGGUACCAACGUGGCUCCUUCAAUGCUGCCUCCAGAAAGGAUUCAAAUUCUCGUCAAAGUUUUCUCACAGUUACCCUACGAUGUUCUUUGGAAAUGGGACAAAGAUGAACUGCCUGGACGGAGUAAGAAUAUCAGAAUCUCCAAGUGGUUACCACAGUCUGAUCUACUCAGACAUAAAAAAGUAAAACUAUUCAUAACACAAGGAGGUCUACAAUCAACAGAUGAAGCUAUAACAGCAGGAGUACCUCUGAUUGGUGUUCCAAUGUUGGCAGACCAGUGGUUCAACGUGGAGAAAUAUGUGUAUCUGAAAAUUGGACUGCAAUUAGAUCUAGAAACACUUACUGAAGAACAAUUUAGGAAUGCUAUUUAUACUAUUGUUGGUGAUGACAGUUACAAACGUAACAUCGAAAAACUUCGAAGCGUGAUGGAAGAUCAGCCUAUGAAACCAUUGGAGCGCGCGGUGUGGUGGACGGAGCACGUGCUGCGUCACGGCGGCGCGCGACAUCUGCGCUCUCCCGCCGCCAACAUGUCGUGGGCAGAAUAUUUAGAGCUAGAAUUAGUACUAAUCGUAUUAGCAGGAUUACUCACUGUUCUCACAGCCAUUUUUGGUGCUAUUUAUGCUCUAUGUAGAUGUUUUACCAAAGAAGUGAGUGUUAAACAUAAGAGCCAUUAAAAUCAUUUUAGAGCGUUUA